AUGAUAGAUUUAGAUAUUGAUGAUACAAGUCCUCCAGCUCCAGAUAACUCCGACAAAGUUACCAAAUUAGUAGAAAGUGAUCAAAAUUUGGAGGGUGUGGAAUCCAAUAGAGGAAUGUUGGUUAAAAUACUUCAUAAACAGAAUAUAAUUAUGGCUUUACUAAAUGCGAUGAAUGAAAGGUUUGCCAACAUGGAAAAAAAAAUGGUACUAUCAGCUGAACCUUCCGUAGAAAUCUCAGAUACUAUUUUUACUAAAUUUGACUUCCCCUUCAAUGUUAUUGAAGCACUAGAAGAUUUUGAAACAUUUAUUAACAAUCCAGCAGAGUUCAACAAAGUGGUUCUGGAAUUUUUAAGACUAGGUGGAAACGUCCCAUACAAUUUUGUGGCAAGGUCCAUGGAAAAGUUGUUUACUAACCAACUUGCGAACAAUUUUAGUUAUUAUGGUCGAAAACAAAAAAGACCUUUUAAUAAAUUAAACUUCAAUAAACUAGUGAUUGAAUCUGGGUUAUCUAUAUUUCCCACAUCCUCAAGAAUGGUUUUUGAGCAAUCAAUAGCGAAAUGGUUGAGACGUGCAAAGGAGAGGAAGGACAAAAAUUAAUAAUCAAUGACUGUAUUAUUAUAAACACAUAAAUAAACUAUCAAUAUUA